AUGGAAAUAAUAUUCGGUUUUACAUUUACCGAUGAAAGACUUGUCAUCCGUGAACUAAAAAAUCGAUUCCGAAUGCCACCGGAAUAUUAUCCAUGGCUUCCGGAAAUUAUAACACAUCCUAAUGUUCCGAUCAGUACUGUUAUUUAUUUGGAUCCAUCGAUUGGCAUCGUUGAUGCACUUUACCGAUACUCUGUGGAACUUCUUUGUUUAUCUGAAAUUUGGCGACAUCCUUUCGAAUUAUUUCAAUGCGAGUUUGUCAUAUCAAAUAUUGGAGAUGAGCGUAUUUUUCUCCGUGAUUUCUUGGAUUUGCGUAAUACAGAACAAAUUUCAAAAGUUUCGGUCAAUGUUGAGACAUUCAAAGAAAUAAGAAUCAUUAUAAGCUAUCCAGAACUGUGGUUCUCAUCUAUGGUUGCUAAUAUAUUACCUUCUACAAUUAUUUUUUGUGUUGUUAUUUUUGCGCAAUGCGAGUGCCGUAAAGUACAUACAUUAAUUACAAUAUCUGCUCUAAUGUGCAUUAUUUUCAUGCAAUCAAAUCACAAAACAGAAAGCACUUUGACCUUGGAAGAUUUAUGGUUAUGUGUCACAUUUUUACAUCUCGUCUGCAUUCUACUAGUAGAUCUAACAGCACCAAUGUAUUCUACUCAAUAUUUCGAUACUAGCAAUGGCCAAUUCAUUGGUAUUAUUUCGAAUAGACAAUUCAUUGAUUUCGCAGACGUGGAUAUCGUCAAAUCAUCACUAAUGCGACAAUUGACACUUUCUCGUGACACAUCUGCUAAACCAACUCAAAUGAUAAAGCAACAAAACAACAAACUAGCAGCACUGGGACUACGGAAACGACUAUCUUUAGCAAUUGUCACAUACGGAAAAAAGACCAUAUUUGAUGGUUUAUAA